CCCCAGUCGCUCCAGGGCUCCUGGAGGGGGCAGCACGACCAGCAGUCUCCAUCGCAGAGUUGACCGCAGCAGCCAUGGCUCGCUCCGCUCCGCUGAUAGCAGCCGCCCUGCUGGUGCUGGUGGGAUCGGCCGCUGCCCAGGAUGACGACAUCGACGACUACGACGAGUUCGUGCCGCACGACGGCGAGAGCUUCGACGAUUUCGACUGGUUGCUGUGCAAGACCAUCUCGGACAUGGUGCCGGGCAACAUGGCGGUGUCGCCGGUCGGCGUGAAGGUGGUGCUGGCCAUGCUGUACGAGGGCGCCGUCAACCAGACCGCCGCCGAGUUGCGGGACACCCUGCACCUGCCCGCUCGCCGCUCGGACUCGCGCGCGAGGUUCGGCAAGGUGCUGCGCUCGCUGCAGGCCGUGCGGCGUGAGUACGUGCUGGACAUUGGCUCCAAGCUGUACGUGCGCAAGAAGCUGUGGCCCAAGUCCGCCUUCCGCAUGAUCCUGAAGGUGUUCUACAACACGGAGAUACAGAAGACGGACUUCGACGAGCCCGAACAGGCCGUGAGCAUCAUCAACAGCUGGGUGCGCGACAUGACACACGGCAACAUCAACGAGCUGAUCUCCACGGACGAGGUGACUCCUGACUCAAUGCUGCUGCUGCUGAACGCCAUCUUCUUCAAGGGGCUAUGGCGCAAGCCGUUCCCGCCCAACGAGACACGGCCUGGUCCAUUCCACCUGGACCCGGUGCGCACCAUGACAACCGACUACAUGACCCUGGAUGGAAACUUCUACUACUCAGAGUCCAUUGAAAUGCAUUCUAAAAUCCUACGGCUGCCCUACAUGGGCAAGAAGUACUCCAUGUUCCUGGUCCUGCCCGAGGACAAGGACGGGCUGGAGAAGGUGCUGGCCAAGGUGACCCCGGCGCUGAUCCGCCAGCACAUGAAGACCAUGACCUCGGAGCAGGUCGAGGUGAAGCUGCCCAAGUUCAAGUUCGAGUACACGGCGCACCUCAAGGACAUCCUGAGGAAGAUGGGCAUCAAGAGGUUGUUCGAGGAUAACGCGGAGCUGAACGAGAUGAUCUGGGGCGCCGACAAGCUCAGCGUGUCCACUAUCAUGCAGAAAGCUGGACUGGAGGUCAAUGAGCAAGGCACAGUAGCCUAUGGAGCCACAGUCGUGAACAUACCCAACAAGUUCGGCGGCACGAGCGAGUUCCACGCCACGCACCCCUUCAUGUUCUUCAUCGAGGACGAGACGACGGGCACGGUGGUGUUCGUGGGCAAGGUGAUGGCGCCGCUGGAGUCGGCGCUGGAGGCAGUGGCGGCCCGGACUCGCGCCGGCGAGGAUAAUGGCAUCUCCGCCAUGGCAGAGCUUCCCGCCGAGGUGCAGCGCAGCAGCGUGCGAGCCUCCAUCCUGCCCGACUCCUGGGUCCGCAACAGGAUGGCGGAGAGCUCUGGCGCGCGGACAAGGACAGCCGGCGAUAGCGUCAGAUUCCCUGCGUCGAGCCGCGUGCACGCUUAGCGAGUCGCCGCGCGAGCUGUUGCCAACUGUGGCCGCCAGGUGACGAGCGCCCUUCCUCUGUUUCUUUUCUCGAACACGGAAUGGAGGCUCGUUGCUCUUGGUUAUAUUAUUACACUUGUUAAAACUUUCUUUUGAAAUAUUAUGUUCAAUGGUACUAAAAUAAACAUUAUUGUACCUUACAUGUAAUGUCAGAUAUUUAUGUUAUUUUUUUAAGUUGUUAGCAUGAAGUAAAACUCCAAAUUUCGAUAGCCUUUAGUUCUUAGGGAUGAAAGCCCCAACCACAACCCGAACAUUCCGAAGUUUACCGAAGUAAAAUGUUAGGUUAGGUUCGGUCAGUGUAAUAAAUAAUCGUUCUUUAUUUUAUUCCGAGAGGUUAACUUAAGGUAUGUUAGUUUAUCGUAGGAAAACUUUGGAGAGCUUCGGAAUUAUUCGGAUGUAGCUCUCAUCCCUCUAAACUGUUGGCUUCCCUCCUGAUAUGAGUGAAUAUUUGGUUUAGCCUACACAGUUGGCACUAGCAGUCUUAAUAAUUAAGUUGAGUUGAAAAUUGUUCUUUUAAAGUGUUUUACACAGUUGGCACUAGCAGUCUUAAUAAUUAAGUUGUGUUGAAAAUUGUUCUUUUAAAGUGUUUGUUUGCAACAAUAAUAUUUUUAUCAAUUUUUUAGUAAAAUUUUACCAAUGACUUUCAAAUGACUCAUUUUUAUUAAUUUGUUGACCAUAAAUGAUUUAUUGUCGGUAAACUAAAUACAAUUUUUUAUUAAAAUUAGUGUUAUCUUGUUUGUUUUAAAGGUGUAUAGUGCUACUUAAUUGAAUUAAUUUUUUUAUAGGUUUCUGUGAUGCUGUACUUAUGCACCCCAUACUUCAUAAAUAAACAAAUAAAUUUGGAUUUUGAAUAUUA